AUAAUCGCCCACAAUCCAAUCGAUACGCCGCACGUCAAAGAGACCGGCUUGUUCGUUCAAACGGGCUACCACCAAUGUCUCUUCAACAACGAGCUAGAAUUGUAUUACUUCCGGUACUACACGCGCCGCAAUUGUGAAAUGGAAUGUGAUUCCAAAUAUUUUCUACGCCGAUGCAAAUGCAUUCCAUAUCACAUGCCGCUCAUCUAUCAAAAUGCAAGUAUUUGUGAUGUGAAGGAUUUCAAUUGUGAAAGAAUCGCGGAAGCAGAGAUCAAUGACGAGCAGCAUGUGGCCUGCAAGCGUAAGUGUCUGCCUGCGUGCUUCCGUUCGGAGUAUUACCCGGAAGUAUAUGGAACACCACUGGCGAAUACUUCGUUUGUCUUCAAAGAUGGCUUAUUUACGAAUUUUACAAAGCAAGAGAUUCAUGAGAAUUUCGCAUUGGUGCAGGUUUAUUUUGCAAAUGAUUUUUUUAGGUCUAAGGUUAGAUCGCCAUAUACCAGCUUUACGGACUAUUUGUCACAAACAGGUGGCAUUUUGGGAUUGAUGGUAGGUUUUGGAGUCAUGUCAGUUCCUGAGUUCUGUUAUUUUUUUCUAAUACGACCGGUAUUUGAUUUCCUGCUGAAUCGUCUGCCCAGUUCCGUGCGGAAAAUGACUGCAAUGCGAAUUCGAAGAGUUUUCGAUGGAAACGCGGUUCUAAUAGGCCGGCGG